UAUAAGUGCGAAAAGUUUGAAGUUCGUGUGCUAGUAAUUAAUGACCGAACAAUGACAAUGGACGUUCAAAAUAACUAUCAAAAUUAUAAAGACACGUCUCCCGACUUCUCCAAGGACACUAAUUUAAACAUUGAAAGUGCUAGAACUUCACAAAUUAAAUCCGAGAUGCAGUCAACUGUUUUGAAUCCUGGGAAAGCUUCCAAGAGAUCAUUUGAUGUGGCUUUUCUGAUGAUGCCGGAUGAAAAAGUACGACCAAAACCCCCUGAAAGACAACUUAGAGUAUCAAAGCAGCUGUUCCACCAUGAAGAAUGGGAACAAGUUCCGAAGAGGAUGCCUGAUAUUUACAAGCAUAGCGAUUACUCCAGUGAUAACACCAUGGACCUCAAAGACCACGACGACGACCGGAUUGGUGCGAACAACAAUAUAUCGCCAAGUUUUGGGUCAGAUAUCAACAUUGACGUCGGAACAGACGAAUAUCCGAGUAAAUCUAUGUAUUGUAGUGAUUCUGACAAUUCUGAGCGAUCACGAAGUCGUCCAAAUUCCAAUGAAAGUGCCGCGCGCCAGCCGAAAUUUUUACCAGAAUAUAAGAAUAAAAUUUUCGACGAUCCUACUCUAAUUACCAUGCAGUCACGUGCAAGGUACGAAAGAUACUCUGAGAAAGCUGACAACAUGUCACCAAAAAGUGCGUUCACUAAAGUUUCAAACUUUUCAAUGAGGUCACCUAAUCCUUCGGUCAGCCCUGAUAAUCUUCUUUACCAGAACUCGGUAAGCCCGCCAUUAUCUGCUGCCAGUCCACCUUCAAGCUCAUUCAACAAGACGCCAGGGUUCAACAAUCUCCUCACUCCCGCUCAUCUGAUAAACGGCAGCAACUUUUUUAAAGGUCAGAAUGUUCCGUCUUCUUCUCCUAACUACGUAGAGACGUCUAUGAGCCAAAGACAGUCUGGAUUUAAUAAAAAUUUGGAAUAUCAAGAUAAACCUGAGACCAAAACUCCACAAAUGUCACCGAAUAAAUUGAAUUUUCUGCCCUUUAGACCUGAGAUACCAUAUCUUCAAGCUGGAUCAUCUUAUCCUUUUGGGGUUCAGAACUUCCAAUCGCCUAAUCCAGACUUUAUGAAAUUUCCUGUACCACCGAGGGAGAAUCCGCUGAUAGCCAAUCCAGCAGCGGCCAUACUAAGUACCUUGUUGCCGCCAACAUUGGCCGCGUUUUCUCUGCCGUCGCAAAAUGUUUGUGCGAAGUGUAGCAUCAGCUUCAGGAUGACUUCUGACCUAGUUUAUCACAUGCGUACUCACCAUAAGAGUGAGUCGGCAAUCGACCCGCACAGAAGAAAACGUGAAGAGAAAUUGAAAUGUCCCGUGUGUAACGAGAGUUUUCGUGAACGACAUCACCUGACCAGACACAUGACGGCUCACCAGGACAAAGAAGGUGAUUUAGACGAGGUGCCGGCUGGCCAUAAGAAAAGUAAACAAUUUUAUCCUCACAACGGUAGCUCUCUUUUACAUAAAUAAAAAUAUUUUAUGCAUUUAAGUGCCGAAACACACGAGUAAAAACUGUUCAAUGUAUAUCUUGAAAAUAGAAAAGUGAGUUUGAUAAAACUGAAUAUGUUAUAAAGUUAGGGUUCUACUUCGGGAUGAGAUUCCUCGUACUGCCGCAGGCUUGGUAUAAAUAUUUCUUGUUGUUUCGGCGCUACUAUUUCAACAAAAUGUGUAUUUAAAUUAGUUUGAAUAUGAAUAGGGGAAUGUGUGAAGUUCGAGUUGGUUCUAUUGUUCGAUAAUGUUAAUUGUUGUUAUCACCUAAUCUACGUGCAAUAUUAGUUGUUAAGUAUUUAUUUUGUAAAUA